CGAGACAACAGCGAAGGACUGAAUCGAUGGCUUGCUGGCGAGGAUCUAAUGACGGAUGUUCAGGCAGCCAAAAAAUUGAUUCAGCGAGCUCGUGUCCAUCUUUCAUCGUCACUCAGAACUUUUGGUAUAUUUUCGGAAACACAGAUCAAUAGCCUAUUCGCAGCUGUAUCUGCAGCAUCCGAAGUUGAAAGUUCUCCAACAGAAAUGAAGCAUGAAAAUGAUCAAAAAACUAUUAUAAAAACGAGCCAAUCCAAAACUGAUGAUUUGGAAUUAACUUCAUGCGAUUUUUUCAGUGUUUGUUAA